AAAUCAUUAAUGAUGAUUGCAUCUUCUUUCUCUUCAAAGUGAAAUCACCCCCUUUUUGUCCUUUCAAAUUCAAGCCCCCACAACACAACAAACAACACAAACACUCUUCUUGUAUUUAUGUUUUUUUUUUUGUAGUAUUUCACUUUCAUUGACUGUUUCUAUAGCUGUCUGCUGCUUUGGAUGAAACCGCCCAAGAAGUUUGGAAGUGAAGAGGAAUGUGAGAGCAGUGAAUCUGGAUGGACUAUGUACAUUGGAUCCCAUAUAGAAGAUGAUGAUGGAGACAUUGAUAACAUGGAUGAAGAAGGAACAACUCGUCAAGGUUAUCCAGAAGAUGAUGAAAGUGAUGAUUCUAUGGUUUCUGAUGCUUCUUCUGGGCCAAGUCAUCAACACGGCAAUGAUAUUGGCAAAGGAGGAGGAGUCAACUAUGGCUUACAAGGUUUCAAGCAAGUGGUGGUUGAAGAGACUCAAUAUGAUAAUGAUGAUGAUGAUGAAAUCAAGUAUUGCUUUGAAAAGAAAGCAAUAAAAACGGUGGAAAAGAAAAUGGAAGAAAAACAGUUUAAUGGUAAAGGUAUGUCUUCAGUUCAAGGUGGUGGUGGCAAGGUGAGAAAAAGGAAAUAGCUUGUUUAUUUUGGUAAGGAAUUGAACUUUUUCUUGAGAAUUACAGCACUUUCAAAUCAAUCUCUUGUGCCAGAUUUGUAUUUCUUAGUUUAAUUAUAAGUUAGUUUAUUAGUAUUAUUUUUAGGUUUGAUUUUAACUAGAUAAUAGCUUCAAUUACUGUGUUGUACUGGUUUGUGUUUUUGGAAUUUGGUGUUAAGAUGGUGAUGAAAUUUGAAUCAA